AUGCCGGCCGCCGAGUCCCCCCUUGUGUCUUCUGAAGCCGGUCUCGUCAAGAUGGACGAACGGAAGCGACCUGCGGUGGAUAACACCGAUUCAGCCCCACCAUCGAAGAAACAGGCUACCACCGCAAAUGGCGGGGCCAAGCCUCACCCGGACACUGACAUGCCUUGGAAAGAUGAUCUUGAGCGUAUCCAAAAAGAUGCGAUUCUGCGACAGAUGCACGAAUACAAGCGGGAAAAGUCCAACCUAGAGGCCCGUCUGAGUGAUGCGAAGCAAGCCAGUGAGCACCAUGAUGCCCAUCUUCGUGCUAUCGAUGCGUGGUUCACCCAAUUGGUCGAUGAAGUGAAGCUCUUAUUAGGCCCUGCUCAAGGAACCACCCAAGAAACCCCCUUCAAGAGCUCUCUACAGUUCCAAGAUGUUUCUGAAUUCGAGGCGCAUUUGAGAGUUCGAUCAAAAUACAUUCGCGAGGUCAUUUCCGGGCUGGAAGCCGCCAAAGCCGCCAAUGUUUCGCCUGAUAUCAACGACCUCCAUAGUCAGCUGGCGAAGAAGCUUGCUGAUGAGAAGGUCACAAUUGCUAAGCUCGAGAAAACCCUGUCUGAGAAGCAGCAGCUUGAGGAGAGCCUUGAAUCGGCUUCCCUGCGGUACAUGAUGGCCGAGCGCAAACUCGACCGCGCUAAGAGCUUGACUGUUGCCAGGCUAGAGAGGCAGUACCAGUCAGGCGCCCUGUUGCAGAGUGGUCCCGAAGGUGAUGGGAAGCGUGAGGAUUCAUCACCUGCAAACGGUGGAUCAACUCCUAUCGGCGAGCGCGCCAAUGAGCUCGAAGAAACAAACAACAAACUCAGUGCCAUCUCGGAGAAACAGAAGGAACAAUUGCAGAAGUUGGAGGCGGAGAAUUCUAGAUUGCUUAGUCAAAUCACGGAGAUUAAGAUCAAGAAUUCCAAGUUGAAUGAUGAAGAUUAUGCCCACACCGACCUUUUCAAGCAACUCCGAUCCCAAUACGAUGAUGUUGUCAAGCGUGUCAACCACCUGGAAGCUACAAAUAUCAAGCUGCGUGAGGAGGCGGAGAAGUACCGAGCGGAAAGAACUGCAUACCGAAUCCAGAUUGAUGACGAGACACAAAGUGCUGUCCGUGAGAAAGAAUCGCAGCUGGUGCGGCUGGAGACGGACCUUGCACGUAUCCGGAAUGCUCGUGAUGAGCUGUUGGCGGACCAGCAAAUGCGCAAGUCCGCAGAGAGUCAGGAGAAGACAUUGAGUGCCAAGGUGCAGGAGUUGGCAGAUGCGAGGGAGGCCAAGAUCGCAGCUCUUGAAUCAGAGACGGCGAGGCUGCGCUUACAAAUUGAGGGGUCGGAUGCAGAGGUCGUGGUGGAGGAUAUGCCCCUCGAAAAAUUGCGGUCCAAACACGCCAACCUUGAACGUCAAUAUGCUAUGCUCAGUACCGAACUAACCUCGAUGCAAGCUGCAUAUAUGAAGUUCUCCAAGCUGGCUUCCCAGAAGGUGCUUGAUUUUGGCGCUCUUGAGGAAAAGAUCUCACGCUUGACAGCAGAAAAGUCCAAGGCGGACCAGAAGUAUUUUGCAGCAAUGAAGACGAAGGAGACACGUGAUGCCGAAAUCCGCACCCUUCGCAUGCAAAGCUCUUCUACGUCCGAUAUCAUCUCUCAGCUGAAACACUCAGAGUCUGUUGCUCGUUCCUUGGUGUCUAACCUCGAAAAACAGACCAGCGAGGCCAAGGAAGCACUUACGGCAAUCCAAGACAAGUAUCGAAUGAGCCAACAGCAGUUGGCUGAGAGCACCAUCCUCACUGAUGGUCUCAAGAAUCAAGUCGCCGAACUCAAGGCUCUCUCAGUUUCCAAGGAUACGACUUUGGGCAACACUUCUUCUGCGCUGAGACAGGCAGAAACAGAAAUUGUCGGUCUCAAGCAGACCCUCUCUGAUACCAAGAAGAGUCUAGAGAACUGGAAAUCCAAGAGCCUCGGCAACAACUCUGCGGAGUAUGAAGGCCUGCGGUCUCUUGCCAUCUGCACCGUCUGCCGCCUCAAAUUCAAGAACACCGUCAUCAAGACUUGUGGGCAUGUCUUCUGCUUUGACUGUGUGGAAGAGCGACUUACGUCUCGUUCUCGCAAAUGCCCUAACUGCAACAAAUCAUUCGGAAGCAAUGACCACAUGCACAUUACCCUCUGA